AUGUCACGUGACAAUGAGAGCUGGGAGGUGCUUGCCAUUGGUGGUUCGGGUUACGUGUAUAAAUACAAAGGGCUGGCUUACAAGUUGAACUGCAAACAGAGAGAGUUCAACAUGAUGCAAAAGGCGGGAGACUGUGCAGUGAGAGCAGUUGCACGGGUAGUUACUGUGGAGAACGGCUGGCCUGUCAUGAAAAGCCUCCUCAUGGAAUUGCUGGCACCUUUGGAUAUCAAAUCAGUGAAGGAACAUGAAAAAGUGGCGAUCAAAGAUGACAUGAUCCAACUGAUCAGCAGGUUGCACAAAAAGUACCAAAUGGUUCAUGGAGACAUAAAACCAUUGAAUAUGUUACGUUGCAGCGACGGUAAAUUACGGCUUUGCGAUUUCGAUUCAGCCAGACCUAUCGACGAAGCUCCUGGAGCCUGGGAUGCUCUGUGUACACAUCAAUAUUUGGCGCCCAACCGAGACUUCUUCCAGACGGAUGCACCUCCAACCCCUUCCGACGACAUCUAUGCUCUGGGAUUGAGCAUUUGGGAACUCUAUACUGGAAAACAGGCGUUGAUCGAAGAGCUCGAUGACAUUGAAGAAGUCUUAAAGGAGAGACGCACGGUGGAUCUUACGGAAGUAGAAGAUCAGGAUGUACGAGAGCUGAUUAGGGGUUUCCUGAGACAAGGAGGUGCUCUCGUGUGA